AAGCCUACUUAAGAAAAAAAAAAAACAUGGGGGCGACGUGAUUGGUUGAUUUUUUUGUGACGUAGCGUUACAAGGUGCCCGUUCUGUAAUAUCUGCUAAGAAAAUGGCUACUUGGUUGGGCGGCCUGUGCUUAUCUUCAAUCAAGAGGGCGCUUAAGGUUCCUGUUCCCAAUUUGCCCUUGUGUAGUCGCCAACUUGCAAGUCUUGCCGAGGCCUUUGAUGCAAAUUCUCGCUAUAGAGACCAGCCUUGGGAGUAUAUGAAUAGUGAAGAAUAUUUACAGAGGUAUGAUCGGAAAUCAAUAUGGGCUGAUUACAGGCGAAACCAUAAAGGGCCUAUUCCACCACAAAAGACCCGUAAAACCUGUAUCAGAGGAGGGAAGAUUUGUGGGAACCCAUGUCCAAUCUGUCGGGAUCAAAAGCUUGGCUUGCAUUAUAGGAAUGUGAAAUUACUUCAGCAAUUUAUAUGUCCCCAUACAGGAAUAGUGUAUGAUCCAACAACAACAGGUGUGUGUAUGAAACAGCAAAAAGCCUUGAUAAAAGCUAUUACAGAGGCAACAGAUCAUGGAUUUCUUCCUGCUCAUGUUUCCUAUAUAGUUCUGCCUCACGAAGACUAUUUAAAUAGUCACAGUGCAGUUUCUGACACACCUUCACCUAAAGCAGGACCUUGGUACCCCUGGUAUGAGUGGCAAGAGCCAAACCCCAAAGAAGUAGCACGGUUGCGUAAGCUUUAUAAACCCUACCUGAAAGAGAUGAUGGGAAAUAAAUGAAGUUAGUUAAGUAGGUUAUAUUUAUAUGCUGGCAGUAUUUUGUCACAGAUGUUAUCCAGAAAUCUGACCCUUUAUGGAAGUUGCAACUUUUUUUGAACAGAUUUUUUUUUUCAUAAUAAACCCUUAUGCUCUAUCAA